AGUGCGCACCAACAACUCCACGUGGGUGUGCAUUAUUUAGUAGAGUUCGCUAAGGAGAGAAGCUGUUGUUCGAAAAUCUGCUGGAUGGUCCGUUCCAGAAAACAGAGCAAGCGGAUGCCCGCGAGAAAAAAGUUCAAGAUCGCCAAAAAGGUCCGAGAACAUAACAGGAAGGCCAAGAAAGAAGCAAAGAAACAUAAUGCAAAAGGCUUUGAAGAAAGAUCCCGGGAUCCCCAACCUGUUCCCGCUGAAGGAGCAGCUCCUGAAGCAACUGGAGGAGAAGAAGCAGCAGACGCUGGCGGCGAAGGAGAAGGAGAGAGAGCUGAGGCUCCAGGAGAAAAAGAGGAAGAGGAGUCUGCAAGGACUGCAGAACGACGCCCAGAGACGGACGAAAGAGUUCGAGAAAAAGCAGGCUCUUCAGACGUCUGUGGAGAAUGAAGGAGUUUCGGCUGUGGACCGUCGGAGCCUCAGAGCCUACCACCGAGAGUUCCGCCAGGUGCUGGAGAUGGCCGACGUGGUUCUUGAGGUGCUGGAUGCCAGAGACCCCCUCGGGACCCGCUGCCUGGAGGUGGAGCAGUCCGUGAUGGCUGCUGGCUCCGACAAGAAGCUCAUCCUCGUCCUCAACAAGAUUGAUCUGGUUCCCAAGGCGAAUGUGGAGGCGUGGCUAAAACAUCUCCGAAACGACUUCCCAACCGUGGCCUUCAAGGCCAGUACACAGACCCAGAAAAGAAAUCUGUCUCGUAGAAAAGGUGUGAACACGGCUCCUCCUGGUGUGAUGACAUCAUCAGCUUGUCUGGGGGCAGAGCUUCUGCUGAAGUUGCUAGGCAACUAUUGCAGGAAUGCCGACAUACGGACCAGUAUCACAGUGGGCGUGGUUGGUCUGCCUAAUGUGGGUAAGAGCAGUAUCAUCAACAGCCUCAAGAGAUCUAAAGCAUGCGGAGUAGGGGCCACCCCUGGAAUUACCAAGUCCCUUCAGGAGGUUCAACUCGACAAACACGUCAAGUUGAUCGACAGUCCCGGUAUCGUCAUAGCAACCGGAUCUGGUGACUCCGCCUCCCUUGUUCUGCGGAACUGUGUCAAAGUGGAGACAGUGGAGGACGCGGUGCCAGCCGUGGAGGCCAUUUUAAGGAGAUGCAACCAUCUCCACCUCCUGCAGCACUACUCCAUCCCUCAGUUCACUGACACGCAGGAGUUCCUCGCCCACCUGGCACGCAGGACCGGGAAACUGAAGAAAGGUGGCAUCCCUGAUCUUGGUGCUGCUGCUAGAGCCAUUCUUCAAGACUGGAACACGUGAGCCCUGUAACAACGAUUACAUCAUCAUUACCUCAUCACCUCUAGUCUGCUCCUAUGCAUUGUCAUCUGUUCACAUCUCAAUUAUACAUCAUCAUUAAUAACUCAUCCUCUAUAUAGUCCGCUCUGAGUAUCAAUGACACUAUUACCGAUUACAUCAUCAUUACCUCAUCCUCACUGUACAGAGGGCGUAUAUUGUACUACACUCAUCCUCCUGAGCAGCACACCUUACCGACUCACAUAUCGGCUGAACUGGUUCAGCGGUGGAGCCAGGCCUUUGACUUGAAAGCUCUGGAGGCGGAAGAGAAGGAACAGCUGUGCGAGCUGACAGAGAAGAUGGAUGAAGCUGCAGUGGUGGAGAGUGAGGGGGUGGUGUCACAUGUCUACUCCGAGGAAGAGGGAGGAGGAGGAGGAAGGAGGGAGUGAAGUGGAAGAAGAAAUAGGUUCAGAUGUAACAGAUAGUGAGGGGGAGGAUAUGGAGGAAGGAGACCUCACUAGUCAGGACCCUGGUGGAGUCACAGUAGUCUUCAACAAGAAAUCGAGAAGAAGAGGGACGCAGACACCGCCAGCUACGAGUGCUAAGGAGGAGAAAGAGAAAGCUAGACAACUGCAACUCAACCCCCAAGUUACUUCUGCUCAAAAGAAGGCCUUGAAAAAGCAGCAGAAAGAGGCGGAAAAGAGAAUGUCGAGAUUAAAGGACGGUGGAGAUGUGGAAAUGAACGAAACUGAGAGAGAUGAAUAUGACAUUACUGAAUUCUUCUGAGCACUCAUACAAAAAAAAGCAAUGUACUCGUGUGUGAGGUUAUCUUCAGUAUAUACACUCUUGAUGGGGAUACUGUCUGAUAUCCGCAGAGCCAUUCUUUUCGGAGCUUCUUCAAUGCACGUUAUUCUCAUUAGCUAUAUAACUCAUUUUUAAGAUUGCUCCCGCUUCCAUCACCUUGCAUGUGAAAAUUAUGAGGUACAUAGAAAGGCAAAGGCACAACAACAAACAAAUCAACUACACCCAGGCACCGCCAGCUACAAGUGCACGUGUAAUCGAUGUUCAUUUCCACCAUUCAGUGGGUCAACAAUCAAAAUUAAGAUGAGAUGAAAGGUCAUAAAAGAUUUCGCUGUUUCAAGUUUCGAACAAACUGUAGUCCGACCGCAGAGCCUUGUGGGUAGAACACAGGAGGCCGGCCCAGCGGUGCCUCGAUCAAAACCCAACUGUUAGCCCCUCUAUAGGCUUUCCCAGUCCAGAUGUGUACCCAGGUGAUGCCUUCAGGGAGAAAAACUCGCCUCUCCUCGAGAACAUCGAAUCUCUCGUGAACUGGAGCCACCAGCAGCUGCGUCCCGAGCAUAAACUGGUAGCUGAGGUCUUCAGAGUAUACCCCGGAGUUAUUGGGGUACACCAGCA